AAUGUAUCAGACCACCACUAAAGAGUGCACAACCAUACGUUAUUUAAAUCGCACAAUCGAGCAAAUACAUCUGUGAUUACAACAAAUGUCCAAAAAGGGAAGCAUGUCUGGCGCAGGGGCUGGGAAGCGCCCCUCAGGAGGGGAUAGUCCCCCUGGCCCUCCUGAAAAAAAGCUGAAGAAAGAGGAGAAGACUACCACUACGCUCAUCGAGCCCAUCCGCAUUGGAGGAGUUUCUUCUACGGAGGAGAUGGACAUGAAGGUUAUUCAGUUCAAGAACAAGAAGCUCUGUGAACGCCUUGAACAAAGGCAGGCUUUGGAGGAUGAGUUGAGGGAGAAGAUUGAGAAGCUGGAGAAGAGGCAGGCAACUGAUGACACCACACUGCUUAUUGUCAACCGCUGCUGGACUCAGCUUGAGGAGAAUAUCCAUGAACUGCUGCAACGUGUGGAGCCUAAGCAUGGCCCAACACAAGUCCAGACCCUUGCCACCCCUCCUGUUCCAGACGUCCCGGUUCCUGCUGCAGCCCCAUCAUCUGCUCCUGAACCUUCUGCUCCUUUGCCAGCUCCAAAAGAAAGUGAGGACGGUCUCCCCCAGCCUCCACUUUCAGCUGAGGCAGUGGAAGAAGAAAAACAACCAGUGCAAGAAAAGGAACAGACACAGGAGCAAGAGCAGCAACAGCAGCUUCCUGACUCUGAGAAGGAACCCGUGCAGGAUGGAAUUCCCGUUCCUCCACCUCCACCACCUCUCAGCGAGAGUGCAAAGGCUUUCCUGGCCACUCUGGAUAACAGCAGUGAGGAGGAGCUCACACUGCAUCUACAGGACAGGAUGCAGUUCAGCAAGGGUGCUGUGGCCUGUAUGGUCUGCAUAUUUGACCGUCUGCAUACCACCAUUGAUGAGCUGUGUACCCGAGUGCAGUCAGCUGUGUGUGAGGAUGAUAGUCAGCGAGAGAUUAUUGCCACAAACCACACACUUCUAGAGGAACAUAAUCGACUGCAAGAUCUUGCAUACUCCCUUCAAGGGAAACACCACAAAAUGUCAUUGGAGUAUAAUGAAUUGAUUGACAAAGUGACAAGUUCAGAGACUAAAGUGUCUGAGAUGGAAACCGCUGUGGAGGAUCUGCAGUGGGACAUUGAAAAACUUCGUAAGAGAGAGCAGAAGCUGAAUAAACACCUAGCAGAAGCUCUGGAGCAGCUUAACACCGGUUACCAUGCCACUGGCAGUUCAGGUGGAUUACCAGGUGGUCAAAUCACACUAAGUAUACAGAAGUUCGAGUCUCUGAAUGCCGAACUGGAGCAGAACCAAGAACUUGCCAACAGCCGCAUGGCAGAGCUUGAGAAACUCCAGCAAGAGCUACAGGAAGCUGUUCGGGAGAGCGAGAAAUUAAAGAUGGAUCUGAGGAAUAUACCAGAGGAUGUGUUGAAGGAGACGCCAGAGUACAAGUGCCUCCAAUCACAGUUCUCUCUGCUGUACAAUGAGUCUCUAAGUGUGAAGACCCAGCUGGACGAAGCCAGAGCUCUGCUGCUGACAGCCAAAAACGCUCACCUGCGGCAGAUCGAGCACAUGGAAAGUGAUGAGCUGUCUCUUCAGAAAAAGUUACGCACUGAGGUCAUCCAGCUGGAGGACACGCUGGCCCAGGUGCGCAAGGAAUAUGAAAUGCUAAGGAUCGAGUUUGAACAGAAUCUUGCAGCCAAUGAGCAAGCAGGCCCAAUAAACAGAGAAAUGAGACAUUUAAUCAGCAGUCUUCAAAACCAUAAUCAUCAGCUGAAAGGUGAUGUGCAGAGAUAUAAGCGGAAACUUCGUGAGACACAGAUGGAAAUAAACAAGUUGAAGUGUCAGAGUGGAGAUGCAGGUGCACUGAUGUUGGAAGAAAGCGUGGGUGACGGAGGACUGGAAGUUAAGAAAGAGGAGGAUGAUGACCAGGAGGAAGAGGAAGAGAGGAGGAGAGAGCUGGAAAGGCAACGGGCACGGGAGAGAGAGAGGGAGGCAGAGAGAGAGAGGGAGCGAGAGAGAGAGCGGGAGAGACAGCGGAGUGAGGAGCUGAAAAGGAAGGACUCUGACACACUGAAGAUGCUUCGAGGAGAGCUCAAAAAAGCUCAGGAAUCUCAGAAGGAAAUGAAACUACUGCUAGACAUGUACAAAUCAGCCCCAAAGGAGCAGCGAGAUAAAGUGCAACUUAUGGCCGCAGAAAAGAAGUCCAAAGCAGAAGUGGAAGAGUUGAGGCAGCGAGUUCGGGAACUGGAGGAGAGGGAAAGAAAGGAAAGCAAAAAACUGGCAGAUGAAGAUGCUCUCCGUAAGAUCCGUGUGGCCGAGGAGACCAUCGAACACUUGCAGAAAAAAUUGGCUGCUACUAAACAGGAGGAAGAGGCCCUGCUGAGUGAGAUGGAUGUGACAGGACAGGCAUUUGAAGACAUGCAGGAGCAGAACAGCAGACUCAUGCAGCAGCUCAGAGAGAAAGACGAUGCCAACUUCAAACUUAUGAGUGAAAGAAUCAAAUCCAACCAGAUUUACAAGCUUCUGCGGGAGGAGAAAGAGGAAUUGGCAGACCAAGUGCUUACUUUCAAAACCCAGGUGGAUGCUCAGCUGCUGGUAGUGCAGAAACUAGAAGAAAAGGAGGGUGUCCUGCAGAACACACUGGCCACACUGGAGAAGGAGCUGGCACUGCGUACUCAAGCCCUGGAGCUCAACAAGCGCAAGGCAGUGGAGGCGGCCCAGUUGGCCGAGGACCUUAAAGUACAGCUGGAACACACUCAGACCAAACUGAGGGAAAUCCAAGCCUCAGUAUUAGACAACCGCACUGCCCGUGAGAGGGAGAGCGUCAACCUCAAGAAAGCACAGGAGGACUUGUCCAGACUGCGGCGUAAGCUGGAGAAACAGAAGAAAGUUGAGGUGUACACAGAUGCUGAUGAGAUUCUGCAAGAAGAAAUUAAUCAGUAUAAGGCUAAAUUACGUUGUCCCUGUUGUAAUACCCGAGAUAAGGAGACUGUCCUCACUAAGUGUUUCCACGUCUUCUGCUAUGAAUGCUUGAAGACGCGCUACGACACUCGCCAGAGGAAGUGCCCCAAAUGCAAUGCUGCAUUCGGAGCAAACGACUUCCACCGCAUCUACAUCACCUAAUUUAGUGUGCACUUUUUGAUGGACUGAAAAAAGUGGAUGAGAAAGAAUGGAUGAAAGUGGUCUUGAAGCACAAUAUUACCAUAAUAUGGUAUUUUAAAAUGUUCUGAGGAGCCACUUUCACUCCCAUCUGUUAUAGGUGGUGCUUGUGACCAAACAGACAGUGACAGAAUGGAAAGAGUUGUGAAGUAUUCAUGGUCUGCAGCACGCAAGCAGUGCUUCUUCAUUGCAGAAGAAUCCAUUGAGUUUUGUCUCUUAAAUUUUGUCUGUUCUUUAAAGUACUGCGAUUUAUUAUUUAAUUUUUUACAUGCAUUUUGUUGAAUGACCAUGAAAAAAGAGGGAAUCUAUCUGUAUCUGCUCAGAUUUCAAUAUAUCAUAAAUGUCAUAACUCCACAGAAUGAGUGACAUUCAAAGUUAAAAAGAAACUGUUUUGUUUUGACAAUUAUGGCCUUAUCUGAGUCAUAAAGUAACACUAUCUAGUAAUUUAGUUAGUCAGUCAGUCAGUUUUUACAAUUUCUCAGUAGGUACCAUAUACCAAACCAUACAGUGCCCAUACCAGAUCUAUCAUCAAUGUAUGUCAAUAACUGUUGCACAGUUUCACAAAAAAAUAAAAACUGGAUACAAUUAUCUGUGAACUUAGCUCUCUGCUUUGAUGUUAACCUAGACAAAAUGUAUGCAAUGUAUUUUGCAUUGAAGAUUGAUUGGCUAGAUGAAUCUGGCUUUUAAUUUUAAUUGUAAUGUUAUUGUUGUACUUGGUGCAAAAGGAUAAAUUGAAACUGGACUUUACACAUGUAAUAUUGCAGUA